AUGAACCAACUGGAGUCGCUCAAUGACAUAAACGUCUCGACCAAAUGUCUGAAUUUGCGGCUGCGCCACCAGUGCGAACGCACGACCAAGAAGGAGCUCGCCAUCUUCGGGGGGAUCUUCGUCUCAGACACAGGCGCCUACGUCGCCGGUGAAGCUUUGGUCUUUGGGGGCGAAGGCAAACGAAAGCCUGUGCUGGAAACGUUGCGAAAGAAGUGCGCGGGCGGAGCCGCCUGGGACAUCAAAAAGUUGACGGCCGCGAAAAAGAACGAGGCCUUCCAUUCUAGCCCACAUCCUUUCACCCUCGCCUUGAACGACAGACGCCUGCUGACGGAGAAGCUGGGCAACAAAAAACAUGCCGACAAGCUCCCCGCCGAGAUCGAGCCGCCGAUGACCGCGUCGCAGGUGAUGAAGCUCUCGAAGGGCCAGCUCGUCGACCUCACCGCGCUCCUCCACAAGAAGAACGGGCCCGGGCAGUUCAAAGGAAAGUGCGCGCAGGAUUUCUUCGUCUGCGACGACAGCGGCGCCGCGCUGAAGUUCACCUUCUGGGAAGAGCACCGGGACAGGGCCAACGAGUGCAACGAAAAAGACACCGCAUACAUAUUCGGAGUUUGGUUCGCGAAGGACGCCGACGACGAAGCGCGCCUCGCUGCGACGGAUGCCGCAAGGAUCUUCAAAGCUUCCGGCCAGUUGGGGCGCGCCAAAACAUUCGCGGCGAUAGAUUUCGAGUCUGGCCCCGCAACCGCGGCGUCCGUCGGGGCGCUGGACCACCUGACUUUCUUCAAGGAACCGUUGCCCGACCCCUUGUGCGAACUCUGCGGGUGUCUGGUGGCCCUGGGCACGGUGGGCGCGGACUCCUUGCCCACCAAAGAGAAGGAACGGAUAUGGGCGAAAGUCUCUCUGACGGAUUGGUCGGGCACCAUGUCCGCCCACCUCGCGGAAGAAGCCGCGCUCCGCCUCUCCGACGCCACCAACAAGACAGAGUUCAUGGAGGCAGCGGCGGCCGGCACCAUAACACUCUCCCAGGCUCGCGUCCGCGUGAGGGUCGCCGCUCCGAAAGGCCCCAUCGUUUCCAUGGCUGCCGCGCUGCCCCGCUCCUUGGACGACCACGUGCCGCAACCGGUCCUGCCCAAUGACGACCGCUUGUUGCCCGCGUUCCUCGCGCGGGCUUCGACGUCGGCAACGGGGAAGAUCUCCGUCACCUGCCCCGGCCAGCCGAAAACGUUCCUCGCCUCAGGCAUCCUCGCUGUCGUGCGUGGCGUCCGGGAGCCCGUCGCGACGGCCAUCGAGGAUGGGUUCCCCAUCCAGAAUGCGGUGGUCGCCGCGGCGGACAAGCCCACGGACGCCCAGACAUGGGCGGCAGCCACCGCCGCCCCGGUGGCCAGACUCACGCGCUACUCCUUGCCGAAGAACGACGUCGCUCUCGCACGCAUCACCUGCGUCGACACAAUGCAGCGCCACCUUGCCAUCGCAGACAUGUGGCGCUUGCCAGCAGGUACCACCCCUGAGAAGCGGCUCUCCGAGAUGAACGACACGUGGGCGUCUCUGCAGACGCCUCCGCUGACCCUGAAACGCAAGGCCACCGAGCUCCAGCCGGCGCUGGACACGCUGAUGGGCCCCGCGCACAAGAAGCACCCUCCGGACUUCGGUGUCGGCUUCUCGAGGGGCCGCCGCGUCGAGGACGUGCCGCCGGAGGCGUGCGCCAUGGACCCGUUCACGUACACCAAGGAGGAGUGCUGCUGGUCGGGCUACGCCGUGCUGGACCCGUACCCGCUCACGAGCGCGCCAGGCAUCGCUUUCCCCGUCAACGGCAGCGAUUGGGAGCAAGGCCACCCCGCGGCGCAGCCGGAGCAGAGGCGGUGGGAGGCCCUGAUGGCGGGCGCGGCCGUGCAGAAGCGGCUCUGGGUGGCAGGUGCCCCCCUCGAGCUGCGCGUCUACAAGGGCGACGCCACGCACGCGGGCCUCUACGGGCUCGACGAGGCGCUUGACGCGGGCGGCCGCGGCACCGGGGACGGAGCUCGGGGCGUGCCGUCCAGCGUGGUGGACGUGGGCGGCAACUACGGCGGCACCACCAUCGCUCUCGCGCGCCGUUUCCCUUCCGCCAAGGUCGUGGUGGUGGAGCCCAACCCGCUCCUGUGCCGCUUCCUCCUCUGGAACGUGCGGGCGCACGGGCUCUGCGCGCGCGUCUGGCCCCUCUGCGCGGGCCUCGCCGCGGAGGAGGGCGCGCUGGCCAUGGAGACCUGCAGCCAGCCGUGGGUGGGGCUGACCCGCGGUCGCCCGGCCGCCCUGCGGGCCACAUAG